GUCCGAACCGCCUUGAGUCAGACUCCCCGCGUAACACAAUCCGCUGUCCAUCUCCUCUCAAAAAGGUGAGUUGUUGUCUUCCCUUGCUAUUGUCUCCCAUAUGGUAUCUUUUAAUCCCCAACUAGAUUGUCUCUGAUACCUCUCUUCUCCAGGUCUUUCAUCAUGGCGGGCUCCGAUCUCGUUGACCAUUCCCCCCGCCAUCCCACUAAAGCCGCACAACUUAAUAGCGCAUCGAAUGUCAUUCUCAUUGACAACUAUGAUUCCUUCACCUGGAACGUUUAUCAAUAUUUGGUCCUUGAGGGCGCCACUGUUAAGGUGUUUCGCAAUGAUGAGUUAACCUUGGAGGAGUUGAUCGCCAAAAAGCCUACUCAACUGGUUAUCAGUCCCGGUCCGGGCCAUCCGGAGACCGAUGCAGGUAUCAGCAAUGCUGCAAUUCAAUACUUCAGCGGUAAAAUACCAAUCUUUGGUGUCUGUAUGGGCCAGCAGUGCAUUAUCUCUUCCUUCGGUGGCAAAGUCGAUGUCACUGGCGAGAUCUUGCAUGGUAAGACAUCAGUGAUAAAACACGACGGCAAAGGUGCCUAUGAAGGACUCCCGGCUUCGCUCGCAGUAACAAGAUACCAUUCUCUUGCUGGAACACACUCAACUAUUCCCGAUUGCCUGGAGGUAUCCUCAUAUGCUCAGCUAGGUGAGGACAGCAACAAGACCGUCAUUAUGGGAGUAAGACACAAGCAGCUUGCAGUGGAAGGUGUCCAGUUUCAUCCUGAAAGUAUCCUCACCGAGGAUGGCCGAGGAAUGUUUAGGAACUUUCUCAAACUUACAGCGGGUACUUGGGAAGGCAACAGCAAGCAAUCUAGUUCGCAGAAUGUCACCCCUGUGGCAAGUGGUUCGGCUGCUUCGAACAGCACUCCCAAAGCAGACAAGAAGACUUCCAUCCUCGAAAAGAUAUAUGACCACCGCAGGGCUGCCGUUGCCAUUCAGAAGACUAUCCCUUCCCAACGGCCAGCGGAUCUUCAGGCUGCCUAUGACCUCAAUAUUGCUCCUCCACAAAUCUCAUUUCCUGCUCGUUUAAGACAAUCACCUUAUCCUUUAUCACUUAUGGCUGAAAUCAAGCGCGCUUCCCCUUCUAAAGGUAUGAUUGCGGAGAACGCGUGUGCCCCUGCCCAAGCUCGAGAGUAUGCCAAGGCCGGGGCUAGUGUAAUUUCUGUCCUCACUGAGCCGGAAUGGUUCAAAGGCAGCAUCGACGACUUGCGUGCUGUUCGCCAGAGCUUGGAAGGAUUUGCCAACCGACCUGCAAUUUUGAGGAAGGAGUUUGUCUUCGACGAGUAUCAGAUCCUCGAAGCACGUCUGACGGGCGCUGAUACCGUCUUACUGAUCGUGAAAAUGCUAAGCAUCGAGCUUCUGACAAGAUUGUAUCACUACUCUCGGAGCCUAGGAAUGGAGCCUCUCGUCGAGGUAAACACUCCAGAGGAAAUGAAGAUUGCGGUCGAGCUUGGGGCUGAGGUGAUUGGUGUGAAUAACAGAGACCUGAGGAGCUUCGAGGUUGACCUCGGUACUACGAGUCGGCUGAUGGACCAGGUGAAGGAGAACACUAUAGUCUGCGCUCUUAGUGGAAUUUCUGGCCCGAAGGAUGUCGAGGCCUACAAGAAGGAAGGAGUCAAAGCUAUUCUCGUAGGAGAGGCGCUUAUGCGAGCGCCUAACACUUCUGAUUUUGUUGCAGAGCUGCUUGGAGGAACGUCACUGAAAUCUCUCCAAGGCUCACGAACCUCACCGUUGAUCAAGAUCUGUGGUACACGAUCUGAGGAGGGGGCUCGGGCUGCAAUCGAGGCCGGUGCUGAUUUGAUUGGUAUCAUUCAGGUCCAAGGGCGGAAGCGAACCGUUUCAGAUGAUGUCGCUCUUCGCAUUUCUCAGGUGGUGAAAUCGACGAAGCGGCCUGUUCCUUAUGCAGAUACACUGUCUCAGGGCGCACCAACUGCAGCAUCAGUUGAAUACUUUGAUCAUUCCUCUAGUGUCCUGCGUCAUCCUAACCGUGCCCUGCUUGUGGGUGUGUUCCAGAACCAGCCAUUGUCGUAUAUCUUGGCGCAGCAACAAAAGCUGGGACUCGACGUGGUACAAUUGCACGGCUCGGAACCACUGGAAUGGGCUAGAUUAAUACCAGUUCCCGUGAUCCGCAAAUUCGGCCUCGAGGAGACCGGAAUUGCACGAAGAGCUUACCACACGUUACCCCUACUUGAUUCAGGAUCAGGAGGCUCAGGUGAAUUGCUCGAUCAGUCUGGUGUUCAAAAAGUUCUAGACAGCGACGCUGGUCUGCGUGUUAUCUUGGCUGGGGGGUUGGACCCUGUCAACGUUGCUAACACGAUAAAGGCGCUAGGAAAGUCCGGUCAGAAGGUUGUUGGAGUAGAUGUCAGUUCUGGCGUGGAGUCGGAUGGCGCUCAGGAUCCAAGUAAAAUCCAUGCCUUUGUGCAGGCAGUGAGAGGACUUCAACAGUAAAUUUCAUAACUACUUCUCUUCUUCCGAUACCAACAAUUUGACAUACCUAUAUGGCAAUGUCAGUUUCAAUUUCCUUUAUCUCGUCGAGAAAUGAUCAAUCUAAUUCAAUUUCAGCUGCCAGUUUAGUCUCAAUUAUACAUGUUUCGGGUUAACAUUCACUUUAUCUACCCUCAAACUAGAUGUGUUGUUAAUCGGUCUGCGUUUUUGAACCACGAUUGUCUACUCUCACAAGCCAUCUGGACGCAUACAUCUUCUAUUAAAAUGAUCUUGAGAGUUAUUGAAACCUUUCUUAGCGGUUCUUUCUUUCUGUACAUCCACUCAAAUAAGCCAAUACGGAGCUCACCCAGGCCAUCUGGUCGCUUCUGAAGCCAUAAGUUCC